ACAGGAAUAUAAAGAUAAAAAUUUUAUGGAUGAUAUCAUUGAUAAGUUUGUGAAUAAAUUUAAAAUAUUAAUCAAUGAUGAAGACGAUAAAAUUUCUUCUGAUAAAAAAAUAAAAAUUGUUGGAAUGAUCAAUGAAGUUUUGAAAAACAGAACAUAUUCGAAGAAAGCUAAAGAAAAAUUCCAACACAUCUUAGAAAAUACGUGUGAAGAUUAUGGUUAUGAUCCUAUUCAAGAAUAUUGUAAAAUUUGUAAUCAAGGUGAUUACGAUGAAAAUUGGGAGUAUAAUCUUUGUUGGCAUUUUAAAGAAAAAAUUGAUUUUUUUCAAGUUUAUAAUUUUGUGAAAUUUUUCAAAAAAUAUUGUAAUAAAGACCAUUAUGAUGUUGUUAGUCAUUUAUUCUUCAAUAAGGAUUUAUCUAAAUUAAUAUUAAAACAAUGUAACUUAUUAUGCUUAUUUGAAAAUGUUAUUGAGAGUCAAGACAAAGAUCACAACUAUGUAUGGGAAGUGGGUGAGGGUGAAGUAACUAUAUCAUAUAAUGGUAAAAUUGAAAAAUAUAAAAUUAAAUCUCUUGAUAAAAAAUAUACAAAUGAAAGAAACUUUGAAAUUGAAGCUUUACAAAUUGGAAAUUAUAGAAUCACAGAGGAUGGAGAUAGUGAUCUUAUUGGUGACAAAAAUGGAAUACAAAUUAUUGUACAAACUAAAUCUAGUAAAACAGGACAAUAUCCAGACAUUGAAAAAGAAUAUAAGAAAUUUAUAAAUGCUAUAGAAACUCAAAGAUCUGCUAAAGAAAUAGAAAUUUUUGUUGUAACAAAUAAUAUUAAUAUAAAAAAAUUAAAAACUAUUGCUUCAGCUGACCGCAAAAUAGUUAUUUGCCAAUUCAAUGAACUAGGCGGAUAUAUCAAACAAAUAGAACAGGAAUAUAAGAAAGAAAUGUUAAAGCUGAGCAAUGAUAUUUAUAAUGCGGAUGAUUGCCUUAAAAACCCAAACUCAAUGAAAGAAGAUUUAUUAAUUAACCUUACAAAGUUAAAAAGCCAGCUAGAAAAAAUAAGUAGUUGUAAAGUCUCUGAGUGGUCGGGCGGAAGCAUUAAUGAUAAAGCUGUGCAUUUUUUCAGGUUUUCUUUUAUAACACGUGGUAUGAAAGCUUUGCUUCCAGCCAAAGCUAAAAAUUGUAUUAUAAUUACUGGAGCAGACAUAUCAUGUAGUGCGGGAAUUCCUGAUUUUAUAAGUUCAGACAGUCUUUACAAUAUGAUAAAAAGUCAAUAUCUGGGUGUUUUUCAUUCAGGCAAAGAUUUAUUUGAUGUUCAAUUGCUUAGAACUCAUGAUACUAUUAAGAGAUUUAAUCUUUUCAUAGCAGAUAUGAAAAAAUUAAAAAGAGUGUAUACACAAAAUAUAGAUAAUCUUGAAGAAUUAGUAGAAUUUGAUGUUAAUUGGCAAUUUGAAAGAGUAAAAAACUGCAAAGCUCAAGAAGGUAAAGCGCCAAAUUGCCCCGAAUGUGUAGAGAGAAUAAUCCUUUAUGGUGAUAUACAUCCUAAAGGGUUAGAAAUAAGCGAAAUAGCUAAAUGUGAUCAGGAUAAAGCUGAUUGUUUAUUAAUAAUAGAAACCUUUUUAAGAAUUCCUGAAGUAAAAGAUCUUAUUAAGGGUUUUGCAAGAGCGGUUCACGGUCGUGACGGUUGCAUAAUAUUGGUUAAUACUACGGAUGUAGCUAAUAAAGGAUGGAAUGGUAUUAUUGAUUAUCAAAUAGAAG